AUGGAGGGACUUGUAGAGCAACGUCGACAAAAAGUUGUAAGAUCAAGAUUUGAUGACGAAGAUAUGGAUACUCCUAUGAAUGAUGAUCAAUCUACUUGUCCUAAAACACCCCAAACUGCACGUUAUAGUGGUCCUCAUCAAGAAAAAAUUUAUAUAAACAGAAAUCUUCAAAGACAGUUCAAUGAGCAAGAAUAUAUUAAUCCUGGUCAAUAUUCUGAACAGAUUCUUGUUUCUGAUCAAGCCAUAGCACAUUCUAUCGAUACUCGUCUACCUAUGAUUAGAAUACAGUGUAAUCCUGCUCUCCGAUCAAAGGAAACUGGUGUUCAGUUUACAAAGGAUUUUAUGAAAUAUAUUGAAUCGAAUUUUCGUAAUGAAUAUCCCGGUCAUAAAGACCCAAUUGGAUUAGAUCAGUGGUGGCUACAAGGUGAUGGAAAUUUUUUUUGUGGUGUUACUGACGAUAUUGAUUUUUAUAUGUUUUUAUGUGAUGAUAGCCAUUAUCCAUUUUCUAUUGGUAAUGUGCAGAUUAAGCUGGAACCACCAAAACAACUACCUGCACAGAAUUCUGUUGUAAUCAAGUUUGUUCCUACUACUAUCUCGAAAGAUGAUGUACUCGAUGAGAUGAAAUCACGUUUUUCUUCUAUAUUUAUGAUUAAUGAAAUGACAGGAACUACUAGGUCAAGUGCUCAGAAUAUUCGUGUUAUCUUCAAGCAACAAAAUGAAUUUAAGAAAAUUCUCUAUGAGAGGAGAAUUGUAAGAACUAUAUAUAUAGAACAUAUGUAUUGUACGGAUCUUAGGAUUGUGUACGACCUUUGGGAGUGGGAUGAUUUUGUGACUUUGAGCCUCACUGAGGAGAGAGCACUCCUUGACUAUUUGUAUGACUAUUGGAUGAGAUUUAAGGACCAUCUUGAUAUCUCUUCUGAAGCAUCUGCAUAUAGAGAAACUUGGGAGGCUUAUCUUAUUGCUACAUCACCGGAUAGAGUCCGUUCCUAUUAUAGGUCUAUGGAAUUUCGUAAGAAUAGUGUGUUUCCUAAUCGUUUGGCACGGCAAGCUCAUCAUACGAAUCUUGAUCUUUUUUCUUUCUUUUAUGAUCAUGAACCACAAAAUGAUAUAUUUCGUUUCUCUUCUCUUUUUAUUGAAGAUUUUGCGCACAAGUUUCUUUAUCCACCGUGAUAUAUAUAUUGCACAGUCGAUUUUUUAUUUUCUGUCUACUUCUAUUAAUUAUGUUUUUCCUUUGUUUUUCUUUAUUUUCUUCGUUUCCUUUUUUUCUUCUUGUUUCUUCUUUGUCUUAAUUAAUACGUCCAGGAGGAGUGAUUUAGGUUCUAUAUAUUAAAAACUAUAUAUUGUAUGUAUACUUGUAUGUAUACAGAAUUUUUCUUCUUGUUAACCCUUUUGGGAACAAUAAACUUAUUCAAUGUUAAAAACAAAAAAAACUCCUAACUGUCUACUUUCGAAUGCACUAUGGUUUGCUGGUGGUCCGAUGGUUUUUGAGGGUUUUACAGAGAUGUUUCUGAAACACUCAAAAUCAGAGAAAAUGACUUUUUUGCAAAUUUCAGCCAUUAGGAAAGUAUCCCGCACGUAUGUCUGCAUGUGUUCAUUUGAUUCGCCAUAGUCGAGAAAAUCUGACGAACUAUUCUCACUUUCUUCCAAUACCACGUAUUGAAGAAAAAAAACUUGAUUUCAAAAGUCAAAAUUAGUUUUGUGUUUUUCUCAAAAUGGAUUUUUCUGUUUUUACCUGUUCAUGCACCCAGAUUUCUCCGCCAUUCUACACGCUCCUUGGGAUGCUCGGGAAGGUCUUAAAAUGAAGUGACAACUUGGCGCUACAACCUAGCAUGACCGGAUUUUUCUUUUCAGUUUAACUUUUGAGAAAAAUUAAUUUUUCUGAAAAGUAAACCAUAAUUUUUCCAACGUUUUCAAAAACAGCUGUUGGAAAACAUAAAUCGAAAAAAUUUAAAAGUCCGACCUUGCUACGUUGUAGCGACAAGUCUUAGCUACAUUUUAAGAUCUACCCGAGCUUUCUACCAUAUAAAAUGGGGGAAAAUCUGGGUCGCACGGACGCCUACUUUUCGACCCUUAAUUUCAAGGUAACCCUGGGAAAACUCAACACUUCGAGCUCAAACUUUGUGCGUGAUAUAUCAAACACAAGGGAUAUGUAAAUUUUACGGUUUUUAAAAUCCUAAAAGGACGGGGGACGAUAAGACCGCAAAUCCGCCCACCACCAAAUCCAUUAUGCAUUAACUCAUCUGAUGCAGUUUUUCUUGCCCAUUAAACCUAUCAUAUUUUUAGCCAAUAAAAAUCCUUUCGAACGCCCCUGGAAGCCUUUUGCCAAACUAAAAUCUUCUUGCUUUAAACGAAAUUG